CACUGAGCCAAAAAGACUACAGUAUUCUAGCUUGGUGGAAUACGCGUAACACGCUAUAUAUAUAUACAGUAUAACCUCCUUGGUACGAUAUUCAAUAGGCCAAUAUCCUCGAUAGUACGAUAUUUUUUUAGGAACCGAUUCAAAUACCACACAAAAUACGAUAUUCACGGUAUCCUAACAAUUUCAUCAAGUAUCGUCUUAUCGUAUACCGUUUCGUCAUUACAGCUAUUGAAUAUGGCACGCAAACAGCAGAUACUCCUUGAACAGCGACGUGCUUUACGGGCUUGGGCACAUAAACAACACCCACGACCGUCCCAAAAAGCGUGUAUCGAGUGGUUCCAGCAGCAGUACAACCAUAAGAUCAGCCAAUCUAGUGUCUCCGAGCCUCUUUCGACACACUUCGACAGGCUCAAUAAUAUCAAAGACAGCAAUCGCGCACGCCUUCGACUUGGGCAGUGGCCAGAUCUUGAGAAGAUCUUGAUUCUUUGGCAGCAUCACAUCGAAGAGAAAGGAGGGGUGACAAGUGGAGAACUGCUUCGACAGAAAGCUCACCAGAUCUGGCAGCAAUUACCUCAAUACGCUAGCCAACCUUGCCCUGAAUUCAGCAACGGAUGGAUGCAGAAAUUCAAGAAACGACAUAAUAUCAAAGAGUACACACAACACGGCGAAGGAGGGUCUGUUCCUACAACAGCAGAAGAAGAGAUGAAGGCUUUGCGGACAUUAGCGGGGGAGUUUCAAGAAAAAGAUAUAUACAACAUGGAUGAGACAGGAUUAUUCUGGAAGAUGACACCAUCGAGAGGUCUUGCAACUUGUGCACAACCAGGAUUAAAGAAGGAGAAAGCACGGGUCUCUUUAGUCCUCUGUGCUAAUGCAACUGGAAAUGAUCGACUUGAUGUCUGGAUUAUUGGCAAAGCAAAGACUCCACGAGCUUUUAAGAAUAUCAAUGUUGCAACUAUGGGAGCGCAAUGGAGAUGGAAUAAGAAAGCAUGGAUGAAUACAACAGUGAUGGUUGAAUGGCUUCAAGCUUUCUAUUUACAUAUUGGAAGUACAAGGCGAGUCUUAUUAACAAUGGACAACUCUCAGCACAUUACACAGCGUUGGAAUUAGCACCUCCACCUGCAAAUAUACAAAUUUUCUGGCUGCCUGCAAAUUCAACAAGUCGAUUUCAGCCUUUGGAUCAAGGAAUUAUUCAGUCAUUUAAGGCUAAUUAUCGUCGACAAUGGCUGUCUUAUAUGCUAGAAUGCUUUGAGGCAAAUCAAGACCCUCUUAAGUCAAUGAAUAUACACCUUGCAAUUCGCUGGAUUGUACGAAGCUGGAACCACUUCCUUACAAAUACAACUAUAUACAACUGUUUUCGCAAGUCAACUCUUGUCACUUCUCCAAUCUCUCUUCCUACACCACUUAAUCCACCAAACAUAUCAGCUCUCUAUGAUCAGGUAGCAAGGGCUGGGAAUAUACAUGAUGCAAUGGCAAUUUCAAACUUCCUAAAUCUAGAAGAGGAGGUUGAAGUAGAAGAAGAGGGUGAAGCAAACCAAGAACAAGUCUUGCAAGACUUGAUAGCAGAACAUUUAGGUGUAUCUCAAACACAAGAUGACGACGACGCGAAGAAGAAGGGCAGCUUGAAGAGCCUGUCUACUCUAUACAAGAAGCUCGGAAGGCUAUGCAGGUUCUUAUUAAAUUUACUGAAGGUAGUGCUGAGCUCCAAACAGCUCAUUUAAGAGCAAUUGAGCAUCUGGAGCAUGAAUUGGAGGCAUUAGACCAGAAUAGGCAUGUUCAAAGUAAUUUAGAUGGAUGGCUUACAUAAGCUCCAAUAAUACGAUUUAUUCGAUAGAACGAU